UGUGUGUGUGUGUGUGUGUGUGUGUGUGUGUGUGUGUGUGUGUGUGUGUGUCAUUUCAAUGUGACCUGAGUCCGCCAUACCUUUAUGAUAAGUCUGCACGGCUCACAGUCCUUAUCACUUUCACUGUCAGAGCUCGAGUCAGUAACUGCUACAGAGGUGAAAAUGGCUGAGGACAUUCAAACCAAACUAAAGAAUUAUCGCACUGCUCCCUUUGACGCCAGAUUCCCCAACCAGAACCAGACCAGGAACUGCUGGUCCAAUUACCUGGACUAUCACAGAUGCCAGAAAGCUCUGGAUGCUAAAGGAGUUGACACGGCCCCUUGUGACUGGUACAAACGGGUCUACAAGUCACUCUGCCCCAUGUCCUGGGUCCAGAAAUGGGAUGACCAGAGAGAAGAGGGGAUCUUCCCUGGGAAAAUCUAAGACUGCAUGGAUGUAAUCUUUUCCACUAAAUGUAGAAAUGUGGUGGUAGAUGAUAUAGCUCCAUCACUGCCUUUCAACUACAGAUGCUCUGCUAUCUGAAUGUUCAUUCCUUAAAUAUAUACCGUGAAAUGUACAGCAGAGCCUGAAAUAAAGUAUCUGAGAUGUUUAAGUAACUGAA